AUGGAGCCCCGCUGCAGGACACGUGGGCAGAGUUUCCACAGGCUCUGUGCUCCUCGGGGUCACCGCACAAGUGUCCCUGACCAUGCCCACGCCCACGCCCAUGCCCACGUGCUACUCCUGCUGCUGCUGCUGCUGCUGCUCCCGCCAUUGGGCCGCGUGGGCUUCAGCCACGCUACCGGGGCACCAGCCACCACUGCCUCCGCUGACCCCGCCUGCGGCUCCUCCUCUGAACAGGACCCCACACUCCGGGAUGCAGAGGCCAUGGUCCGGCGGGCACCCUGGAUGGUCAGCGUGCGGGCCAACAACACCCAUGUCUGUGCAGGCACCCUCAUCGCCUCCCGCUGGGUGCUGGCUGUGGCCCAUUGUGUGAGCCAGCAUGACGUGAACUACACAGUGAGGGUGGGGAGCCCGUGGAUCGAUAAGCUGACCCCGACCAGCAGCGACGUCCAGGUGCUGCAGGUCAUAAUGAACCCUGGGUACCACCCCCAGCGCUACUGGUCCUGGGUCGGCCAGGCCAACAACAUUGGCCUCCUCAGGCUCCAGCAUCCACUCAACUACAGCAAGUAUGUGUGGCCCAUCUGCCUGCCCAACCUGGACGACAACGUGGAGGAUGGUUACCUCUGCACCGUGAUGGGCUGGGGACUUGCCCGGGCUGACGGUGCAUGGCCCCAAUUCCGGACCAUCCAGGAGAAGGAAGUCACCAUCCUGAACAACAAGAAGUGCGACGACUUCUACCACAAGUUCUCUACCGUCUCCUCCCUGGUCUGGAUUAUCACCUCGCAGAUGAUCUGUGCCAAAGAUCCCAGCAGGGAGCAGUUCUGCUACGAGGCAACGGGCGAGCCCUUGGUGUGCUCCUCAGAGGGCAUCUCAUACCUGGUGGGCAUGAUGAGCUGGGGUGCGGGCUGCGAGAAGAGCGAGGCGCCGCCCAUCUUCCUCCGAGUCUCUCCCUACCAGUCCUGGAUCUCCACCCAGAUCAGUGGGCAGCCCUCCGGCCUGCAUGCCCCAUCCAGAGCCCUGCUCCUGGCCCUGCUGCUGCCCUUCAGCCUCCUGGCUGCUCUGUGA